AUGGCUAUCGGAGGCUAUGGCAACGGCAUUGGCAUCGGCCUCGGAGGAGGAAGAUCUGAAGGGAUUCGGGGUGUCAGCAUCCACCCAGAGCUCCUCAAGCCCCUCUGCGUGGGGGUCGACCCUGAAGAGUGCCAAGUGCGGACCCACGAGAAAGAGCAGAUCAAGAACCUCAACAACCAGUUCGCCUGCUUCAUCGACAAGGUACGGCUGCUGGAGCAGCAGAACAAGGUGCUGACCACCAAGUGGGAGCUGCUGCAGCAGUAUGUCCUCCCAGCUUCCAGGAGGAACCUGGAGCCCGUUUUCGAGAACUUCAUCUGCAACCUGAGGAAGCAGCUGGAGUGUGUGCUGGGGGAGCGGGAAAGGCUGGAAAAUGAGGAGCGGUGCCUCAGGGACCUGGUUCAAGAGUACAAGUGCAAAUAUGAAGACGAAAUCAACAAGCGCACGGCUGCGGAGAACGAGUUUGUGGUGCUCAAGAAGGAUGUGGACUGUCUCUACCUGACCAAGGAGGAGCUGGAGGUGAGAGUGGGCCUCCUGCGGCAGCAGCUGGAAUUCCUGAAGUGCAUCUACGCCGAGGAGAGAGCUCAGCUGGAUUGCCAGCUGUGUGACACCUCUGUCAUCGUGCAAAUGGACAACAGCCGGGACCUGGACAUGGAGGGCAUCAUCAAAAGCGUUGAGUGCUGCUACGAGGAGAUUGCCCAGAAGAGCAAGGCUGAAGUGGAAGCCUUCUACCAAACCAGACUGGAGGAGCUCCACAGCAGCAGGGGCAAGUUCUGCGAUGACCUGAGAAACAACCAGAGCGAGAUCGCCGAGCUGAACCGGAUGAUCCAGAAGCUGCAGUGCGAGUCGGAUAACGUGAAGAAACAGAUCGCUGCUCUGCAGACGGCCAUCUGUGACGCUGAGCAGCGGGGCGACUGCGCCCUCAAAGAUGCCCGGCAGAAGCUGAUUGACCUGCAGACCGCACUGCAGCAAGCCAAGGACAAGAUGGCAUGUUUGCUGAGAGACUACCAGGAGCUGUUGAAUGUCAAGCUGGCGCUGGACAUCGAGAUUGCCACUUACAGGACACUGCUGGAAGGAGAAGAGAGCAGGUAG